ACAAUAUGGCACUGUCAGUCGUCCAGUGAACAGGAGGGGAUAAAGUCAUGAAGAACGUUGUGAGCAACUUUGCAGAAAUAUGCUACCAUAACGCACCAAGGCAAAAACGUACAGGAGCCCUGUCUAUUCUUGAGUAUGGAGCAAGAACAGAACAGAGAGAGCUCCUAUCGAGAGCAAGAAACAGCUGCAGAGGAAAAGCCUGCAAAAGAAGAGAGUUGUGAAACUGCCCUCAAUCUGCAGCAGGGGAACGCACAUAAUGAUGAGGAGGAGAAUGUGGGUGAAAAAGUCAACGUGAAGGAGGAGGAUGUAGAUGAAAAGAAUGAGGAAUUUGAUGAGGAAGUUAAGGAGGACAUAAAGGAGGAGAUUGAAUGUGAGAAUGUAAACGAAGACGACACAGAGAAGAAAAAUGAGGCGGAGGAGCAGGAAGAGUCGAAGAUAAAGAAGGAGGAAGAACAGGAUCAGGGGGAGAACAGUUAUGGUGAUGACGAGGACGACGAUAGUGAUGCAAACUGCAACGCUGAACUCUCCAGGUUGUUGUUGUCCAGUGUGCACAACUCUGGUGAUGGUAAAGUACAAGAUGAUGACUCUUCAUCAACAGACACCUGGCAGAGUUUUAAAACGCCUGGGAGAAAGAGAGGUAAAAAGAAACAAAAGACUGUCAAAUAUCAGCCUCUUCAGUUAUCCUUAGUGAGGAUGCCGGAUGAUGACCGCUGCACCACUGUCUUGAAAAACGAUGUGUGUGAACUGCAGCAGAGACUGACAGAAGUCCUGAAUGAGAAUCAAAUGAUGACUAAGCUCCAGCAUCAUCACAAGGUCGCACUGCAGCACUUUGAAGCAGUACAAAGCAGCAUUACAGAGACUCUUACCAAGCACAGACGUCACAUCCAGGUUCUGAAGAUCAUGCUCCACGACACCCACGGCCGCCGUAAUAACCUGGUAAAGCAGCUCAAAAAAACGGAGCACAAGCUGCUGGACAUGAAGGGAACUCUAAAGAACUUGGAGCAGUUCAGCAAGGACCACAGUCUGCUGGAGAGAGAAGAGCUCACCCACAGGUUGGCCCAGACCAGCGAGGACCUGAAGGAGAAGGAUAAGAAGAUACAGGACUUGGAGAAGAAUCUUCAGCUGUGUGAAACCCAUUAUGGCCACCAGGUGGUUAAUGAGCAGAGGAAGCUAGAGGAGGAGAGAAACUUCACCUCCUAUCUACAAGAACAGCUCGAACAGCUUUCUAAGGAAACUGAGGAAAAAACAAAAAAGCUAGAAGAAAGCCACAAUUACUUAAACCUUUUCAUUAAAGAAGCAGCCAAAAGAGGCAGCGAAUGCAAAAUGGUUCAAACUGAGGGACUGGCCCUUCUUCCGACUGAGGCUGCCAGGCUUUUAGAGUUGAGCUACUACGAGCUGGAUGAGAAGAUAAAACGACAGAGCUCUACAACCAUACAUCCAGUUCACAAGAGGAGAGAAGAAACUUCUGUCAGAUCAGAGGUUUAUAGAAGUUCAGACAUUCGUUGGUCAAUAAAAAGACAAGAACCAAAAAUUGAGGACGAGGACACGUCAGACAUGUCCGAAGUGCCCUUGAGCACGACGGAGUCCAAGAGAGAAAAAAUAAAAAAAAUCAACAACUACUACCCUUUCAGUCAAGCCAUCAUGAACCUGCACCAUGGAAAACCCACUACCAGCUCUGUGGACCUGAGCCCCCGCGAAGGCAAAGAGCUCGGGCCUCAACUCUUUGUAGUGAGUUUACCGGUUGAGAGAUCUACCAGAAGUAGGGCCGCACAAUAAUCCACAAUCAGGACAGGCGUCAUUCGGCAAAGUUACUGUACCGUGGUGUCGGCUUUGCUGCAACUUUCUGCUGCUUUGUUUCAAUAAAAUCUAAAUCUAAAAUCCUUGUUUUCUUAGUUGGACAUGUUUGUUGUGACAGGCAAACUUUAGCCCAGAGUCUUUAAUUAUAGGAAAGUGAGUGUUCCUGUUACUGUAUCAGUAAUGAGUACAUGUCAGCUUUGCCAUCUCUUUAUUGUUUUUAUUAUAUUUAGAGCCUAGUGGCAUCAUCGACAGCAUACGAUAAACAGACAAUAUACAAAAACAAAAACGGCUUAGAAAAUACUUACCCAGGCUGGAUCUUGUGAAAUAAAAAAAA